UCUAUGCUGAAACAGAUGGAACAGUCCAACCUUAGUCCCCCUCACCCUCCUGCUUUUUUCUUCCUCCCUCUGCUGUUGCUAGUUCCCUCAAUCAACACAGCCGAAAAAAUAGCGCGCAAGACCUCUGUCCAACGGAAGGCCUACUUCUCCAGACUACUCCUGUUCAAGGUUAUUGGAUCCUUUGGUGUCAAAUCCAUGAUCGGAAACCUCCAGGUUAAAAUGGAAGUUGCUGUGGCAGAAGAGAAGAAGAAGAUAUUCCGAGCCAGGAAAACCAUGAAGAUAAGCGACCGCCAGCAACUGGAGUCUCUCCACAGCACAUUGUCGUCCCCCGUCCCGCCCCUGUCCAAUUCCAAUUCCAGCUCUCCCCCUCCCCGUAGCCCACUGACGAACGGUACGCACACAGAGGAUGCACAGAGGGGGGCAGACAGAGAGCAAAACGACGUUGCGGUGACGUCUCGUUCCACAACCCCAGUCCCCCCUACCUCCCUGACCUCUCCAUCCCCUCCCCUUGCUCUGUCCCUAUCGUUGUCUCCCUCCCCACCAACCUCCGAAAGCCCCAAAGCCAAGGAAGAUGCCACUCCCUCCCCCUCAUCGCCAUUCCACAACCUUAACGACGUGCUGAAAAAGAUGGAGGAAGAGGGAAAGAAAAAGGAGUGUUCCACGGCCCCUUCCAAUAAGGACAAGGAAGGAAAGGAUACAGAGAUGGAGGUGGCAAAGACGGACGAGAAAGAAGAGAAAGCACCUGAGACAGAGAAAGAGGAGACCUGCACUACAACUGGAAAGAGCCAUGAGGACCAAGCCCCUAUGGAUCAGUAUCCUCUGGACUCUCCGUUCUCUCCCGUCUCGCUCGCCACGUCUGACAAAGAGUCUGGGAAGGAAAAGAGGACAGAGCAGAAAGAAGACACCGUGGCCAUGGAAACGGAAACGGAUACAGACAAGGACCAUACAGAGACCAAGGCCUCUGAGACCUCCACUUCCACGGAAGAGAGACCUUCCUCCCCCAAGGCCGCUACCAUGGCCUCCCCUGUCCGCACCCCCUCCCCCUCUGCUGCCCCUGAGCCGGAUCAGGACAUCAAAGAAGAGGUGGUGAAGAAGGGAGAGAAGAAGAAAGACAAUAGUCAGAAAGAGAAGGAAGGAGUAAUGAAGGAGGAAAAGAUGGAGGUAGUUUCUGUGAAAAAGGAGGUGAAAAAGGAGAAACAGAAUUCUGACGGGUGUUCUACCUCAUCUCUUGCCUCCUCCACCUCUACAUCCACAAGUGACAAAGGGGUGAAGGUGAAGGAGGAAAAGAGCUCCUCUUCUGGACAGAAGCGUCCCCUGUUGGAAGGUGACGAGAAGGAUGGAGGGAAGGUUGAAAGAGACGGGAAGAGGCAGAAGGUGCAGGGCGUGGAGUUGGAAGCUCAGCUCGAGUUGAAAAUCACUGCGAAAGGUGGCAGUCGCCUAAAACUUGAAAAGGUUCUGCAGAAAAUGGUUGAGGAGCGGUUGAGGGCGCUGCAGCUCACCGUCUUCGACCAAGGUUUACAGGAGCUAAAAGACCGGGUAGAAAAGAUUGAUUGUGCCACAAAACACCAGAGCACCCUUAACACACUACAGGCCAAGAUUGCUAGAUUAGCAAAGAAAUUCGGAGAAGCCAACCAGGCCUCGGAGAACAAAAGAAAACAGGAGGCGCUAACGUCCCCUGUUGCCAAGACUGCACCUGCUACAAACACCAUUCCGACACAACGGCCAGUAGCAGCUGUCGUAAAGCAGCCCAUGACCAGCCCAGUCUCUACCAACCAUACACUUUCUCCGGUGAAGCAGGCCAAACCUGUCCCCACUACCACUACGGCCACUGCCAUGGUAACACAGGGCUCCAUUCUGCAGCUGAUCCCCACCUCCUCUAGCUCCGCCUCCCUGUGCACCGUCACCUCCCAAAGCGGCCCCACCGGCACCCUGCUCCUCAAGACCACCUCGGGCUCCAACGUGGUGGGCCAGAAUGGCCAGCCGCUCCUCAUCCAGCUGCCUCUCUCUGCCAUGGCCAACGGCGGGGCGGGAACCCUGGUCAACAUCCCUGUGUCCUCCUUCGCCGCAGCCAACUCGCUCAACAAGGCCAAGACCACUACUCCCACCACUACCUAUAUCCUCAAGGCCGGCCCCACCACCUCCACCAUGGCCGGCCCCACCACCUCCACCAUGGCCUUGCAGCCCAUCUCCUCCACCACACAGCUCUCCCCAGCCAUGUCCCCAGCCCAGAUGACCCUGGCUCGGGCUGUGUACCAGGGGGGCACUGGGGGGAUCAGUACGCCCAGUGCUGGGAUGUCAGUGACCACAGCCAGGGUCCCUGUUCAGGCGUCCUCUGGUCCAGCCGCUACGGGCUCGGCAGCUCCAGGACCUCCUUCGGGGACGGCUAUGACGUCAAAGACAGAUAACCAAGCAACAAGCUCUACUCCAACCAAAACGGGGGCUCGACCCAAAGGCUCCUUCAUAGACCUCACUGAGGAGGAGGAGGAGGAGGAUGAUGAUGUGCUAGUGACUGGUGUGAGGAAGGCCAUUACGACUGCGGUAUCGUCCUCUUCAGUUACCCAGCGAUCUACUGGACCUCCUCCGCUGAUCAGCACUCCUAGUGGCACAACAUCAAGAGCAUCUCCUCAACAGUCAGUUGGUGGUCCUCAUCUGACAGUUCACUACCGCCCCCCUCUGAUGCCAUUGUCUAAUAAGGAGAGGGCUGCACGGCACAGACAAAAGAUUAACGCAGAUCCAGUUGCUAGGGAGGAAAGACUAGCCAGAAGAAAAGCAAGCUAUCAGAGAAGAAAGAAGGAUGUCAAUCCUGAUCAUCCACCGAUCCAUACAAUGACACAAUCUGAUGCUGAAAAAAAGAGGGAAAAAUUGAGAUUAAAUCAGAGGAGGCGGCGUGAAAAAAAUAGAACAAAUUAUUGUGGUGAUGAAUUUAACUCCAGUGUCCACUGAAGGAAACUAUUUUGAGCAGCCCCCUGAACAACUUGUACAAGUACAACAUGAACCUGCACCUCCAGAGCUGUAACAACCAUCCUUGACUCCAGAACCUUGAGCCUCAAUCUCAAACACUGGAGCAACCACUUGCUUCCUCUACUCCAGAAAAAGUGAAAAGGGUAUCAUAGUGUUGCAAGCGGCUGCAAAAGGAAAAACGAGAACUAAUGAAGAAAAUUCUCCAACUGGAAAUGCAACUAAAACGAUCGCUACAAAAAAGUGACAAAUUACGAAAGGGCAUGCAAAGGUCAAAUAAAUUCAAAUGCAAUCUAACUGAAAAAUACAGGCCACGAGGGAAAAAGAAAAUGUCUUCAGUGAGGAAAACACUGGUCAUUGCAUUUCUCAAUAGAGAUGAAAAUAGUGGCCUUUUCUCAGGGAAGAAAGACACGGUCAUGCAAAAGAAGGUUUAUAGGUGCAUACUCAUGAAAUCUCUAAAAUAACUCCAUGCAGAGUACAAUUCAGGUGGAUGGGACACAUUUGCUGUCAUUCAGAACGUUUUUACGACUGUGGCCAUUUUACAUUACAGAGCCGAAGGCACAUGACCUCAACACCUGUGCGUGUCUUAAUCACGAGAAUGUGAAACUUCUAGUUGACAGGUUGAGCCAAAGCGGGUUGCUGAAAACCUCAAGAGUUUCCGAGUUACUGUCUUCCAUUGUCUGUGAUCACAAGAACAAGCAAUGUUUGUGCAAAGUUAUGCUAUGAUGAAAUAGAGCUGGCCCUACCUGAAGAGAAUGCACAAAUUUCCUGGCAACAGUGGCAAAGGGAGAAAUCGAGCAAUGGAGAAAGGUCCUUCUCAAAUUUUGUGGGAAAAAAAACAGAUGGGCAUGGGGCUCGAUCUGGUUAAAAACUUAAACAAGUAACUGGAUGCUAUUGCGAGGCACCAGUUUAACUGGCUGCACCAAGUUAAGCAGUGCUGAAACUUAAAAGACACACUUAAGGAACACAAUGUUGUAAUCCACAUGUAUUUUUCUGAAAAUUAUGCAUGUCAGCUGCAUAAAGAGGUUCAGGCUUUUCAUUUUGGGGGCGGCCGUAAGAAGGCAACUAUACACACAAGUGUUGUGUACACACCACAGGAAUGCCAAUCCUAUGCCUCCAUAUCAGAGUCCCUCCGGCAUGACGAGCGUGCCGUGUGGGCUCAUCUGAAGCCUGUCUUGGAUGAUAUAGGAAGGGAAAAAAACAUCCCCGACCACACUACAUGCAUGAGUGAUGGCCCCGUCACGCAAUAUAGAAAUAAAAAUAGUUUUUACCUCCUGAGCACGGUGUCAUUUCUCAUGAGUUCAAAGAGGUAAUUUUUCUGAGAAGUCCCACGGAAAAGGUGCACUCGAUGGGGUUGGUGGUUCGGUUAAACGUUGUGCAGAUGAGUUUGUCAAAAAGGGCGGUGACCUCCAGAGCCCAAAGGAGCUCUACACCAUGCUGGAGAAAAUGCAGUCAAGCGUAAAGUACUUCAGGACAUCACAUAUUACUUCAAGUCGGAUGUCCAAGCAGUGAUCUCCGAACCAGAGCCAUGUACUACAAAACGAAGGAUUUCAAAACUCUGCAACUCGGACUGGGAAAAGUAUACAGAGCUUUAUUAGUCCAAAUUCCAAGUUACACACCAGUUAGGCUACAGAAUACUACAUAGGCCUACACAAGAAAACGACAUACACAAGCAAUCUAAAAAUAAAUCCAUGUUUUAAAGAUGUUAUUGAAUGAUGGGUUCAGUUUGAGAACGUCGAUGUGUUCCAUUUGAUGUUCAAACAAUGGAUUUGGUUAAUAUUCUGAUGUUCAGAAUACAGAAAUGUUUUGUUUUGAUGUUGGUGGAAUAAUUGUUUAUGCAUUUUCUUUCAAAUGCCUGAUGUAAUGUCAUGACUACUUUGAGAAAGAUAUCCACUAUUUCGUGAUGAUUUUAAGCAAAACUACAUUUUUUUGCCCAAUGUUUAUGGAAUGUUUUUUAAUUAAUGCUUUGUUUGAAAUGUUCAAUGCUGAUUUAAUCCUAUGUGAAUUAAAUUGUACCUCGUGUCAGUUAAACUAUGUUGUGUAGUAAAACCCAGGUUCUUUGUGUGUGUGGCGUAUGGGUAAUUUCUCUCUCUCUCUCUCUCUCUCUAGUAUGGAAGAGAUUUAAGUUCAGCUAGCCUGCACAUUUUAAACAUCUUAUCCUGUUUUUUACUCAGUUUUAUAACAACAAAAAAUAGCUAAAAGAAAAAUUAUAUUUCUGCUACUAAUAAUAGUUCAUAGGAUCAUUAUUUUUAUUGCUUAAGGAUCACAUUUAAUCAAUAUUUGUGAGCCGUAGUGAUGUCAUUCAGGGUAACAAAAUAUUGUCAUACAGUAUAACACCAGUUUUUAUUCAAAUACAAUAACUUGCUUUUGUUGACUCAGACAGACAAAAACAAAUCUCAAAGGAUGAAGCGAAAGAUAUGUUCAUAGAUUUGAGCAUUUAUUUCAGUGUAAGGCAGGAGGUUUUGUAGAAAAAACCUUCAACAAAUUGAGUUGUACCUGUGACACAUCAAAUAUGUGGUAUUCAAAAUAAAAGAAUGUCAUUUUUUCUGGGUAGUUAUAUUUCUGCCAGCCUAAGCAUGGAUAUAUAUAUUUUUUCCUACUUUGAAAACCUCAAGUCUUUGACCUAUAUAUUUUUAUUUUUUGAAAGCUAUACAUGUUUUUCUGCAUAUUUCUUGCCCUAAUUAAUUUCCAUCUCCUCUCGUUU